UCCUCCUCGGGGUUGUACAAUAUAAUAAUGUGCGCUGAGAUUAAUCCACUGGCCAAGGAGGCACUGUGCGUUUCUGGACUCGAAAAGGCGAGUCUGAAACAUUCGGAGUGGGAAAGAGACGAGAACAGCAGGCAUUAGGAGGAACACAGCAGCUGAGCCGAUUCGACUUCCCGCCACGGCUUCGCACCCUUUUCUUUCAGUUUUGGAUCCAUCUGGCAAGGUUUUUUAAAAGUCCACAUUUACUUCUCCAAAUUAUUUUAUCUCUCUCUCUCCCCACUUUAAGUAUCCCAAGCUGCCUGUUUGAGCAGGCAGUGGCUUUCCGCUCCACUCUCUGCUUUUCAUCGGAAACUCUGUUAUGAAGCGGAGGACGGAUUGUGGUUUGUUAACGCAACGACGCAAAGCCUGAAGUGGAUUAAAAACUUUGUUUGUAAACACCACCACCGUUUCGAGCGACUAGAAGCUGGAGAAAUUAAGUCUUUUUUUUAAAAGACUUAACACUGAGCACUUUUCUUCUUCUUUUUUUUUUGGAAAGAAAAUUAUUUUAUGAUUUGAGAGGUCCUGGAUAAAUUCUUUACUGGGUUUUUCCAGAAAACAGCGAUACUGAUUUAUUUAUUUUUUGGGGGUGGCAGAUUGUGUGGUCGAAUCAAACCAAACCGAAAAAUGGAAGUCGGACUUAAGCUUGCCGUGUUUCGGUAGCUGUUUGGCUCCCAAACUUUUUAUUUUGAGGCUUGUUUUUCCCCCGUGGGCUCACCGUGUGCUUUGGAGAGGAGGAUGAAAAUUUUUCAGCACUCUUCGUUUGGCCGGGCCACAUGGAAGUGGCACAUUCAGGACCCGGCAAGCCAGCGGUUGACAUGGAACAAACCUCCCAAAAGUGUCCUUGUGAUCAAGAAGAUCCGAGACGCCAGUCUCCUUCAGCCCUUCAAAGACCUCUGCAUUUAUUUGACCGAGGUGAACAACAUGCUGGUGUACGUAGAGAAGAAGAUCCUGGAAGAUCCAGCCAUCAUGAACGACGAGAGCUUUGGGUCUGUGAAGAAGCGGUUUUGCACUUUCAGCGAAGAUUAUGACGAUAUCUCCGAUCAGAUAGACUUUAUCAUCUGCCUGGGCGGAGAUGGGACGUUACUCUACGCUUCGUCACUUUUUCCAAUGAGUGUCCCUCCAGUCAUGGCUUUCCAUUUGGGGUCCCUGGGCUUCCUCACCCCCUUCAAUUUUGAGAACUUUCAGUCUCAAGUCACCCAGGUCAUAGAAGGCAACGCAGCCCUCGUCCUCCGGAGCCGGCUGAAGGUGAAGGUGAUUAAGGAACACUGGGAGAAGAAGGGCAUGAUUCAGAACGGGAUCGAGGAAAAUGGCGUGGUCUCUCCGGGUCUGGAAAAAGAAAUGUUUAAACAAGCAACUCAAUAUCUGGUCUUGAAUGAAGUGGUGGUUGACCGAGGCCCUUCCUCUUACCUUUCCAACGUGGAUGUCUUCCUUGAUGGUCACCUUAUCACCACUGUACAAGGCGAUGGCGUCAUUGUUUCCACGCCGACUGGCAGCACCGCGUACGCAGCCGCUGCGGGCGCGUCCAUGAUUCACCCGAACGUCCCUGCCAUCAUGAUUACCCCCAUCUGCCCUCAUUCCUUGUCUUUCCGGCCCAUCGUCGUCCCAGCUGGAGUGGACCUAAAGAUCAUGCUGUCUCCGGAUGCCAGGAAUACCGCAUGGGUUUCUUUUGACGGGCGAAAGAGGCAGGAGAUCUGCCACGGGGACUGCAUCAGCAUCACAACCUCCUGCUACCCUCUCCCUUCGAUCUGCUUCCAAGAUCCUGUCAGCGACUGGUUCGAAAGCCUGGCGGAGUGUUUACACUGGAACGUUAGAAAGAAGCAAAAUCACUUUGCUGUCAACGAGGAGGAAGAAUUUUGAGUCUCGGGGAGCCUCUGUUUCUCUCCGUCUCGUGUGAUCUGUCUGUCCUUGAAAGGGACCAAGGCAAGCUGGACUCCUGUUUUUUUUAAACCCGCUUUUGGCACCUUCCGAAGUAGUUUUUUUUCCUUCAGUCUCUUUCAGAUGUUAAAAAAAGAAAGCAGGUGACGCUUGUAGGGAUGAGCGACGUUGUGUGAAGGCUUUCCUCCUUUGCUCUCUCGUGUGAAUUCUGAAAUAAUAAUUCCGAUGCACUGUUCCAAAUCCAUACGUUUGAGUUAUGGGCGAAGUUUGGGGGGGAAACCCCCCCCCCCACUUGUGCAGACUUUCUUCCAACAACUCGACUUUCCCUGCGGAUUUGCUCCUUCGAGGACUUUUGACAUGGUCAAAAGCAAGCAAACAAACCGGAUGAAGAGAAGAAAUCCUGAUUUAACAAGCUCUCCGAGGACAGUCCUGUGAAAUUCUGCCCGACACGAAAAUAGCUGAAGACUCCUAUCUUAUUGCACCUUCGGUCUUGCUCACCUCUUUCCACGUGGGCCACUCAGGGCUGAAGCUGUUUGAGACAAGGCUGCCUUCAAUGGUUUUUCAGCCCUAAGGAGUGUGAAGCUGUGGCUGAUGGAAUGGAGGAUACUAAGGACCUCGCCGAGGUCAAAACCACUGCAAGAAUCUCUAGCUGAAAUUAGAGGGGGGAAAAAAAACCCUUUAUAUUUUUCAUUUGUCUUCAACAUACUGUGUCUUUUUUUUUCUCUAUCUCCUGUUAUUAUAUUAUCUUCAUGUUGUCUAAGUUUCUAUCUCAUGGAAUAUGGGGAGAAAGAUAAAGAGAUAGCUUUUACAAAGAUUAAUAAAGAGGAUGUUUCAAGAACGGGGAACAUCCAGACUAAAAUACUUUU